UAAAAUUACUUUAAAAACGUAUAUGGAGUCGGAAAUAAUACCGGAAACUCAAGAGAGUUCUAGCGACGAAUCCACACCACCUGAAAUUUUGAAAAAAGCCGAUGAAGUAAUAAAUAAUUUAGUUCCUCAAGUAUCAAGACCAAAAUAUGAAGCCGCUUACAAUAAGUUUAUGAAAUGGCGAAAAAAUAAAAAGGUCAAGAGUUUUUCUGAACCCAUUCUUCUGACAUACUUUAGUGACCUUGCCGAAACUAAAUUACCGUCAACUUGGUGGUCCACUUACUCAAUGUUGCGGAGUAUGAUUGAUAUCAAACACAAAAUUAACGUAUAUAUGUAUUCGGGUUUGAUUGCUUUUUUGAAGCAACAAAAUAAAGGUUUCAAAUCAAAAAAAGCUGAAACGUUAGACGCUGAGCAAAUCAAUCAAUUUUUGCUCCAAGCUCCUGAUAAUCAAUUCUUGACAAUUAAGGUGGCUUUGAUUUUUGGGGUUCAAGAUGCGUGCAGGCGUCAAGAACUUUGUGAUUUAACGGUGGACAAUAUAAUCGACAAAGGUGACAUGUUGUUAGUAAAAAUUCAAAAAACUAAAACCGGCAAAGCGAGAACUUUUGUCGUGACGGAUGAGUUUUACCAAACUUAUAAAAAAUACUCCUCUUCACGCCCAACAAACUUAGCUACCAAAAGAUUCUUCGUGGGUUAUCGGAACGGCAGGUGUACGAAGCAAAAUAUUGGCAUAAAUACUUUCGGUAGCAUGCCAAAAAUAGUAGCCAAAUAUUUGAAUUUAGCAAACUCGGAGUCCUACACAGACCAUACUUUUAGAAGAACGUCAGCUACUCUGUUAGCGGAUUCUGGUGCUGAUCUUCUAACAAUAAAAAGGCACGGAGGAUGGAAAUCCAAUUCCGUUGCUGAAGGUUACGUGGAAGACUCAGUAGGUAACAAAAAACGGAUUGGUGAGCAAACUGCACGUGCCAUAUCAUGGAGACCAUCUACUUCACGCGAACAUUCAGAUUCAAACACUCCAAUUUUUGAAAAAACCUCUGAAGGACCGAUGAACAUAUCACUGUAAU